AUGGAUUCUCAAAUUGAUUUUGAUCAUGAAAGCGGCCGCACAUUUAGAGUGUUGCAACCCUCUCAGUGGGAUAAUUUCUUCCUCAACGUCCCGAUCGAUGAAUUGGAAAUAAAUGUCCUUGCAAGCGAACUUGAAGCAAUCAAACCCAACGUCAGGAACAUGCUCGUGUCCUCUUCCCAAGCAGGUUAUGACUCCGAAAAGAGGAAGGCACUUUUAAUUUAUUUGAUGACCAGUCUUGGUGUUGCAUAUCAUUUUGAGAAUGACAUCGAAAAGACCUUGAAACACGCCUUUGAAAAGAUAGAUUAUAUGAUUCUGAAUGAGCAUGACCUUUACACGAUCUCCAUCUUGUUUUGGGUUUUCAGAACAUAUGGUUACAACAUGUCGGCCGAUGCGUUCAAGAGAUUCAAAGGGGAUGACGGAAAGUUUAUGGACUCUUUAGCCAGGGAUGCUAAGGGGAUGUUGAGCUUGUAUGAAGCCGCCCAUUUGAGGACAAGAAGAGAUUAUAUAAUGGACGAAGCAUUGAGCUUUACAAUGAAACAUAUGGAGUCGUUAACAGGACGAGCAAAGCCUAAUCUCUCAAGGCUUAUACAGAAUGCUCUUGGUCUAUCUCAACAUUGGAAUAUGGAGAUAUUAGUUGCAAUGGAAUUUAUCUCAUUCUACGAACAAGAAGAAGACCAUAACGAGACACUACUCAAGUUUUCCAAGCUCAAUUUUAAGUUACUACAGCUUAUAUACCUUAGGGAGCUCAAAAUGGUUACAAAGUAA